AUGGCAUUUCCCUCAGCCUCGUCGCCUCUCUCUUCUCCCCCUCUAACGCAAUCAUUCUCCAACCAAACCCUCACGACAGAGGAAGCCAGAAAAUAUCGUCCAACCAAGAAACUACCGUUUGAACUCGCUCAACAUGUGCAGACAUAUUACGAAGAAAACCUUUUCCUGCAAGCCUUUAAUUUCCUCCUGUCCAUCACUGGAAACACGGUCUCUACGCUCAAUCGCAUGGCUCCAGUCACGAUCCCUCCAGCGCCUCAUCUGGCUCUCGCAGCGACCAUGGUCGUUCACCCGGUCCCCACCACGAGAACUAAUUCCCGUGAGAAGUGGGAUCAAGCCAAUGCCGCUCUUCGUCUCCUCUGGCUCGUCCAUAAUACUGUCGGCCCAAUUGAGGCUGAUUUCGCCACAGCUUUUACAUUUCGGAGAUAUGACUUUAGAUCAACCCGUCAUGUUGGGUUGCGCUUUGAUGAUGGUGAUGAUGAUGAUGAAGACAGGGAUGUGACUGGAGAUGACGAGCACUCCGCCGUGCAUGACCUCAACUCCCCGUACGCCGGCUCUCAAGGGCUGUGGGUUCGCGCGGAGGACUUCUGGCAUGUUGUGGGCUGGGCAUUCAACUGCGCCUGUCUCUCUGGCAUACAUUUGAUGCGGUGGAAUCAGUAUCGUCUGCUCCUUGAAUUCCUCAUCGAUGUGCUCGAGACCGACUGGCAGCUUCGCAAUGCCGAACCCGAGCCUUCACCGGAGGAGAGCUUGAUUUGGCAGUACAUCGAGCUCGCAGGAGGUGGACACGCGCGAGCCAGAAGAAUCAUUAGAGCUAUCUUUGCAGACGGGACCGCACGUUCGAUGGGUGAGUUCCGCUCCAUCUUUGCUCACGAGCUUAAGGAGCCGGCGCCAGAGAAUGGCACCGUCAAGAAGCGAGAGGUUGAUGUCAACAUUGAAGAGGAUAUCUACGGCGACUACACGAGGGAGGAUGAUUCGGACCUGUCGGAUGAUGUCGAUGCGGCUAGCACUGGUACAGGAGGGGGGGCAAGACCUUCUAAACAAAUACGCUCGAGCACGAGGACACGGACGCCAUCGUCUAGAGGCCUUACUCCCAAGAGCAGCAUUGGCAGCUUGCGAAGUGACUAUGAGAAUGGCGAGGACUCCGCACCCCCCCCAUCCUCGGAAUCUGCACUGGGAGAUUCUUCGAGCCUCGCCCUUCGCCUGCGCCUUCUCCGCCUCCUCACGUACAUCUCGUCACAUCCGACACUGACGUCGGUCUCGCCCACCAGCUUUCCCGAUCUAGACGAUCUGUUCACCCUCUUUGUGGAAUUCAUCAGACCACUCCCUCUCCCUGUCUUUGCGCGAAUAGUUCUCCCUUCGUCUUCCCCCCACCAGAUCUUCGACGACCACACUCGAACCACUCUCUGUGAGUCCAUCCUACAGCGCAUUCUCGAGAAUUCGGCUCCCUCAAUCCGUUCUCACGUGCACCUCUCUCAAACGAAAUUGGAGGAAGAGUACCUCCCUUUCGCAGCUGGACGCAAUAGCGUCGACGCGAAUGCGAGAGUGUCGCUACUGCUAGAGACCUUGACGCGAUGUAUGGUGCGACUUGGCGCAUUGGAGAGCUCGGAACAGUUGACUAGUGCCUUACAGAAGGGUAUACGAAGACGAAUGGGCUGUGUAGCUGACUGGGGCGAGGGUAAGAAGGCGAGAAAAGGUGCUAGGAGAGAAGAGGAAGCCUGGUCAUGGCUAGUCGAGAGUGGAGAAAGGAUGGACAAGGUCGUCAAGAGCCUUCACCGUUGA